AAAGAGGCCACUGGGUGGGCAGGCGCGCCCGCUGCCGCCAUUUUGGCCGUGGAGGCGGCGAGGCGGGAGGGAAGGAAGGAAGCGGGGCCGAGGCGGCUUUCGCAGGGGCCAUGGCGCGCGAGGCUGCUCAGUGCACGGUCAGAAACGCGGUCGCCGCGCAGGUGGACGGGCAAAUGUGGUCCUGGCAAUCCGGUGCGUCAGUGAUCGACGUGCUGCUGCCUCGCUGCCGGCCCUUCUUCUUACAGGAAAUUGUGUUCAGGAAUUAUUACACAGCUUUCUUGACUGUGCGGAUGCAGCAACAAAACUUCACAAACAAGGAAAGCAAAAGCCGCUCCAGCUGGGUCACCUGCUUACGUAAUUAUUGCCUGAUGCCCAACCCACACACAGAGGAAGGCUCCCAGGAUUACUUCUGUUUCUCCAGGAAUCAGAUGCUUUGCAGUGUGGAUCGGGCGAUUGCCAUGCGGCUGAUUCUGCGCCAGCCUUCUCCAACAUGGCUGCGUUUCAGUAUUGAAGAGCUACAGCUCUGCCCUGGAGACCAAGAGAUCCCUAGCUGUGAUCCAUGGUUGCCAGGCCAACUCUCUCUCUUACCCACACUGGAUGGCAUCAGCAAAGAUUUGCAGUGGCAUCAGAAACAUCAAGCAGCUACGUCAAAGCACCCAGCAAUACCACUUCUAUGUAUUUGUGAUACUAGGAAAGACAAGAAAGCAAUAUGGAGAACUUGCAGAAAGGUUUCUCUGUCUGACUCCCACAUCCAUCACCCAAAGUCUGGCCAGGAAACCUUCGUUUGGUGGAUGGCUGUUAUUAUAGUAGCCUCUUCUCCUACACACAAGUUUUCCAAGCACUAGAAUCUGGCACAUUUCUUAGGAAUAGCACUGUUGUAUGCAGAUUGGUGCAAAGAUGCUACUAGAAAAAGAUGAGGAAUCCAUCCAUGUUGGUUUCCUUCCCCUUUUAGAGCUGCUAGAUGUAGCCUCAUCCAGUGGAUCUGGAUGUUGAAAUGUUGUAUAAUUUAGUGCAAGAAAAGAAUGAGUUGUAUCUUAUGUUCCUUUCUGGGGUUUCAUCAGCUGAACUCUUUCUGACUACUCUUCUGGAUAUGCUUUUGCAGUUCCAUUAAGUCCCUUACUACAGCAGAGAAAUGCGUCCAGCUUCACAGAAUAGCUCAACAUUAGCUGAUUUAUCCCACGUCUUCCAUCCUUUAGUCACAUCCUUUGUUCUUUUCUCCUCCUAAUUUGAAAGCACUUUCUCUUGGUGCGGCCACAAAAGUAGAAAGGAACGUUAAUGGUGUGAGUUGCUAAAUAAAUGCAUUUAUUAAGCUUG